AUGCUGGAGCCGCGCGCCGCUCUGCUGUGUCUCCUUGUAUCCGCCGGCAGUUUUUACAUUAUUACCAUGAUGAUCUGGAGCUAUUACAUGGCGUGCAAAGUACCACCGGGAACCACUCUCGAGGGGCUUUCGGGUGUAUAUCACGAGCGACGAUACGGGCCUGGGAGUGGAUACUGGUGGCGAGAGAAGCGCGAACAGGUCGCACAUGCAGCUUACCGUCAUUCGGGCGUUUCCGACGAGUAUGAAUCAAACGAUGCAGAGACGUCGCUUCCCCUGGUGCAUCCGCACGAUUUCACGCCUCACUAUUCGAUACACGAGCGCAUCAAGGCGCGACUAAAAACGUCACCGCCACCGCCGCCCGUCGGUAUGGACCUCACUGUGCAUUUCCGUUUCUGCAAGAAAUGCAAGACAAUCCCCUUGACAGAGGCGGUGCUGUGUCUUCCGCCGGAGCUGCGCCAAUCGGAAAAGUACAAUCGCCGCAGUCAGCUGCUGUGUGCUCAGCGUGAUAUUGCCGCAACGCCAGAGCUUGCAUACAACGAAGCGCAGCUGUAUCCCGACAUCGCGCCGGAGCUGUUUAACGAUGCGGACGAUGAAGGCGAGAAAGAAGUGCGUGCGUGGCUGGGUAAUGAUGCGGACAAUGCUGUGCUUGCCCCAAAGCCAGAGCGUGCGCACCACUGCAACACGUGCAACGCAUGUAUUUUAAAGUACGACCAUCACUGCCCGUGGAUUAAUCAGUGUGUGGGCUUGGGCAACGAACGCUACUUUAUUCUUUUCAUGCUGUGGUUUUCCGUUGGGGCCGGUUUCAUGGGCAUUGCCGGCUGGCCUAUUGCGCGCGCUGCCGUUUCCAGAAAAAUAGCGUGGGAUUUUGCGUACGCGCCUCGCCUAGUCUUUUUGCUAAUAUAUGUAAAAGCAGCGGUGAUGAGCGUUGUUGUCUUCAUUCUCGCUUCUUGGCACGUUUGGCUGGUCGCCCAUGGGCAGACCAGUGUGGAGAGCCAGGACAAUGCGCAGUACCGCAAAAUUGCCAAGGAGCGCAACGAGACAUUUGCCAAUGUGUAUGAUUUGGGCAGGAUCCGGAACUUGCAGCUUUUCUUUAAUGUGGGUCCAGGCAUGAUGUACAAGUAUUAUACCCUUUUUCUGCCGAUGCAUGUACGCCCCUACUCGGACGGAUGGCACUGGGCCAAGCACGCUGGUAUGCACGGACGACAUACUGGAAUUAAGGUGGAGGAAGAGUUCACGGACGAUGAAGAUGCAUAA